AUGGCGGGGGACCCAGAGAAGUCGAGACCCCGAGCGGCAAGCUUCACCCCGUCCGUUUCCCUUUCCGCGGAUCUCAAGUCUUCGUCUACGUCGACCUUUUCCAUCCAAGCCACCGUCAUCAUCCUCCCCGUCAUAGGCCGCGAUCUCGACAUCCCCUCCAGCCGUCUGCAGUGGAUCGUCUCGGCGUACGCGCUGGCCUUUGGCUGCUUUCUCCUCCUGUGGGGUCGCAUCGCCGACAUUUACGGCAAGCGCACCCUCUUCGCUGCCGGCACCGCGUGGCGCCUACGGCGCCGGCGCCCCCUCGGCAGCGUCUUCGGCACCCUCAUCGCCGGCUUCAUCUCCGAAUACACCUCCUGGAAAUGGGUCUUUGGCGUCAUGGCCAUCCUCUCCGGCCUCGUCGCCGCCGCCAGCAUCUUCGUCAUCCCUCCACCUCCACCAUCCCACAUUCCAUCCUCCCUCCCCAACGACGAAACGAGUCCCGAUCCGACGCACCUCCCACCAAAACCCUCCCUCGCCUCCAUCGACUGGAUCGGCGCCGCCCUCAUCACAACCUCCAUCUUCGCCCUCCUCUUCGCCCUCACCCAAGGCAACGUCGUCGGCUGGUCCACCCCUGGAUCCCCGCCCUCAUCGCCGCCUCCCUCCUCGUCGUCGCCGCCUUCGUCGCCUGGCAGUGGCACCUCGAGAACCGCACCUCGCGCGCCCCGCUCAUGA